AUUGAUUCCCCGUGCUUCGCUGUGAAAACAAUUUCCAAAUUAGAAACGGUCGCACCAGAUCUGUAUUUUAUUUUUAGCAGAAAUUCCACAGUUUUAACUUUUAUUAUUAGCAAACGUGACAAGGUUUGCUUAUGAAACUUUCCGUUUGUCAAACACUGUGAUCUCUGCAAUCGUUAAUAUGUCAUCUACUCAACUUCCUUCAGAGCCUUCAAAAACAGAUCAACCUGUGUCAACAGACGAGGAUAAUAUGCAGGAGGAUAAUCAUGUUGGGUCGGACAGCGAAAUGGAUGAGUUGGAGAUGGAAGACUUGGAAGCUUCGGAUGAAAAUCUUUCCACUGAUGAGGAGGGAGAAGAGGAAGCGACUGGGGAAGUAAUGUGGCAGAUCGUACGCGACAACCGCGACGAAGACACUGGAGAACUCCAGCGAAGCUCCGAUGAGUACUCCGAUGAUGAAAACGAGCUUGACGAGCCACCCGAGUCUGAUACGGAGGCCGAACAUCAGCCGUCCAGUGCAGAUCCGCUUAAAUCGUCAGGGAAGGAAGAUCUUGUGCGGAAUAGUUUGGUGCAUCCUAUGAUCGUUGACGAAGAUGAUGAUUCUGAUUAUUCCAAUUUGGAGCAUGGUUUGCCUCCGAAGCUGGUUAUCCCGUUUACAUUUGAGACUAUUAAGAAUCAAUAUUUUCCCAAUGAAUCCUCUCAGCGAAGAAGUAGUAAACAGCAUCAGAAAUCGAAAAAUCAUAAAUCACCAGCUUUGUCCAGCCAGUCCCAGCCUAGUUCCUCUAACCAGUUGAUACCUUCUCCUCUGCGUAAUAUUCCUUCCGCCGCGUGGCCAUCCACUGCUGAACCGGAGAAUACUUACCCCGAGUUGCCCCGCGAGCCGGCCCGCUUCCCACCGAAGACGGUGCGCCGAGUCAUGACUUUCCUUACCUGCACGGAGGACAUCCGUGUUAGUCAUCCGGCCGUCGAUGCUGUCUCCAUCGCCCUCGAAUGUUUCGUCAGAAAUUUCACCAAAGAAGCCUACCAGUAUGCUCAGCGCAAAGGUCGGAACGUGCUACGCUACGAUGAUCUGGCCUACAUUGGCAACCAUUACGCUAAUCUGUACUUCCUCCAGGAUUACCUACCGCCCCAGGAAGCGGCGGGAUAUGUAGUACGGAAAGUUCUAGAGGAGUCAGGCGUUGGGUUUCCGUCGGAGACACCACCGAAUAAUGCAGACGCAGGCGAAAGUUCAAGUGGGAAAAAAGCAGUUGAAGAGAAGAAUUCAAACAAGGCAGCCGACAGCAGAAGCCAAAGAAACAAACCGAGUGACAACCCGCUUGUGGAAACGGCAACGGAAAUGGCCAGGAUGUGGGAUGCGGAUUCAAAACUGAAAAAAUGGAGGAGUAUGAACCGGCAUUCGGGGAAGGGCAAAGGAAGUAAGACAUAGAGAGAAGAAGCUUCAUCGGAGAGAAUCGACUGAUUUGAGUGGGAAUUUGUUAUUAGUACGUUGCAUGUGAUCAGUGGACAUUUGAAAGUUCUUACGUUUGUUGACGCAAACAAUUAUCGGAAGUUGAAACCUACGAGUAUUAUGCAGUGCUGUUUUAAACUGAAAAUGGUGUGAUUGCAGAUUUCUGUUAUCAGUGCUACCAUUGCUGUGGGUGCGGAGAGUUUGAUUAUUUUAUGCAGCCUUCUUCAAACGUUUUAUAAAGGUGUU